GCAACACAGUGCGCAACACGCACGAAGCGCACAGCGCAACUUCGAUUGGUGGAUUGUACUGUUUUUCGUGCUGCUUUGCGUUCGCAGCAGCAGGAGCGGCGUAUCACUGGGCGCGCACCUCGUGUGCGCACGCGUCGCCGGCCUCACCGACAAGCAGCGCAACAUGUGCCGCGCCACGCCCGCCGCCAUCGCUGCCGUUGGGGACGGUCUCAGGAUGGCGUAUGCAGAGUGCCGGCAGCAGCUGUCCGGGCACCGAUGGAACUGUUCUGGAGUGGGCGACGGCAACGAUUUCGGACACAUCAUGCCUUUAGCUACUAAGGAGGCCGCCUUCACGUACGCCAUAACUUCGGCUGGCGUCACGCAUGCGCUGAGCGCGGCGUGCGCGCGCGGCGACCUGCCUGCAUGUGGCUGUGCAGCUAACAGCAGGAGACGGCCGUCGACAGAGCAGUUCCAGUGGGGUGGCUGCGGAGAGGCCGCGUAUGGAGCGAGAUUCGCGCGUAGAUUCCUCGACGCAAGAGAGUUGGACGCAGAUGCGCGCGGGCGCAUGAACCUGCACAACAACCGCGUCGGCAGGAAGGUGAGCGAGAUGGUGAAAGACCUGGUCCGCCGCGAGUGCAAGUGUCACGGCGUUUCUGGGUCCUGCGCCAUGAGGACCUGCUGGAGAGCCCUACCCCAGUACAAGGCCGUGGCCACCGCUCUCCGAGACAAGUACAGAAAGGCCAAGCUGGUCGCACCUCAGCCACCGCAGUCCCAUCUGGUCAUACGCAGAUCAAAGCAAACGAUGGCGGUGGGCCGGCAGCCACGCAAGUCAGAACUCGUGUACCUGGAGCCAUCUCCGUCAUACUGCGAACCUGACGCAGUCUCGGGCUCCCUUGGCACACACGGAAGAGAGUGCAACAGAACCUCUAGAGGUGAAGAUGGCUGUGAGACGCUCUGCUGCGGCCGGGGCUACAACACCGUACGGGCGGUGAAGGCUACGCAGUGCCGCUGUCGCUUCCACUGGUGCUGUCGCGUCAGUUGUGAGACUUGCGUCGUCCGUACUGAGACGCAUGUGUGUAAAUAACCAGUAAACCGUCCAACCAACUGAGACGACUAACAGUACUGCCGUUGAAUCCAUUG